ACUAGCCCCCACUUUCCCAAGCCACUAUAGUCAGAGAAGCAUUGGAUAUUCUACAGGCUUAGGACUAAGCCACAGAACCAUGAGCCAGGACAGCAAAGUGAAGACAACAGAGUCCAGCCCCCCAGCCCCAUCCAAAGCCAGGAAGAGGCUGCCUGUCCUAGACCCAUCUGGGGAUUAUUACUACUGGUGGCUGAACACGAUGGUCUUCCCAGUCAUGUAUAACCUCAUCAUCAUUGUAUGCAGAGCCUGCUUUCCUGACUUGCAGCAUAGUUACCUGGUGGCCUGGUUUGUGCUGGACUACACAAGUGACCUGCUGUACCUACUAGACAUCGGGGUGCGCUUCCACACAGGAUUCCUAGAGCAGGGCAUCCUGGUGGUGGACAAAGGCAUGAUCGCCAGUCGCUAUGUCCGCACCUGGAGCUUCCUGUUGGACCUGGCUUCCCUGGUCCCCACAGACGCAGCCUAUGUGCGGCUGGGCCCCCACAUUCCCACGCUCAGGCUAAAUCGCUUUCUCCGGGUGCCCCGCCUCUUUGAGGCCUUUGACCGCACAGAGACCCGCACAGCUUACCCAAAUGCCUUCCGCAUCGCCAAGCUGAUGCUCUACAUCUUCGUUGUCAUCCAUUGGAACAGCUGCUUAUACUUUGCCCUAUCCAGGUACCUGGGCUUCGGACGGGAUGCAUGGGUAUACCCGGAUCCCGCACAGCCUGGCUUUGAGCGCUUGCGGCGCCAGUAUCUCUACAGCUUCUAUUUCUCCACUCUGAUUCUGACCACUGUGGGCGACACGCCACUCCCAGCCCGGGAGGAAGAGUACCUCUUCAUGGUGGGUGACUUCCUGCUGGCCGUCAUGGGUUUCGCCACCAUCAUGGGUAGCAUGAGCUCUGUCAUUUACAACAUGAACACUGCAGAUGCAGCGUUCUACCCAGACCAUGCUCUGGUAAAGAAGUACAUGAAGCUGCAGCGUGUCAACCGGAGGUUGGAGCGGCGAGUUAUUGACUGGUACCAGCACCUGCAGAUCAACAAGAAGAUGACCAACGAGGUAGCCAUCUUGCAGCACUUGCCUGAGCGGCUGCGGGCAGAGGUUGCUGUGUCCGUCCACCUGUCUACCCUGAGCCGAGUCCAGAUCUUCCAGAACUGUGAAGCCAGCCUGCUGGAAGAGCUGGUGCUGAAGCUCCAGCCCCAGACCUACUCACCAGGAGAAUAUGUGUGCCGCAAAGGGGACAUUGGCCGAGAGAUGUACAUCAUCCGGGAGGGCCAGCUGGCUGUGGUGGCAGAUGAUGGUGUCACCCAGUAUGCUGUGCUUGGUGCGGGGCUCUACUUUGGGGAGAUCAGUAUCAUCAACAUCAAAGGGAACAUGUCUGGAAACCGACGAACAGCCAACAUCAAGAGCCUAGGUUAUUCGGACCUGUUUUGCCUCAGCAAGGAGGAUCUGCGGGAGGUGCUGAGUGAGUACCCACAGGCCCAGGCUGUCAUGGAGGAGAAGGGCCGUGAGAUCCUGCUCAAAAUGAAUAAGUUGGAUGUGAAUGCUGAGGCAGCUGAGAUCGCCCUCCAGGAGGCCACAGAGUCUCGGCUCAAAGGCCUCGACCAGCAGCUGGAUGAUCUACAAACCAAGUUUGCUCGCCUACUAGCUGAGCUGGAGUCCAGCGCACUGAAGAUCGCUUACCGAAUCGAAAGGCUGGAGUGGCAGACCAGAGAGUGGCCAAUGCCAGAGGACCUGGCUGAGGCUGAUGAUGAGGCUGAGCCUGGGGAAGGAACUUCCAAGGAUGGAGAGGGAAAGGCUGGCCAGGAGGGACCUUCAGGCAUAGAAUGACCCCAUCCUGACCCCAGGACUCCCAGCUCUAAGUGAAUCCAGAGUGGUAGGAAAGCUUGCCUGCAGAAACUGUCAACCUAUUUGCUAGGUCACAGAGACUUAGGUAAAUUGGUCUAUAGAUGCCUAGCUAGAGAUGUGGGUUAUAGUAUACAUUUGGCCCAUACUCACCAGAACACACACAUACACACACACCACCACCACCACCACCACCACACCACACAAUGCACUGGUUCAAGACUGCGAGUUCCACAUAAAAUGUUCCUGUCUUCUGUGCACAUGCACAUUCUCACAAGCAAACCUAUGACUUAUACCCAUUUAACCCACAAUCACAGAGAAUGAUGAAUGCACCGGGGGUGUUGGGGUAACUUUGCUACAUUUAAAGGAGGCUUUGGUAUAGGACAAGGACAGUGUUGGAGCUACAGGGAAAGAAGUCUGAUAUAAUGUCUGAACUAUGGUCACUCUAGGUCACCACUUCAGCUGCGUCAGGGCAUGGCCAGACUUCAGGUUUGAGCUGUGCCAGGUGGUGUUGUAAAAUGAACCUGAUGGGUAAC